AUGGUGAUCACCAUCCUGGCGGGCGGCGAAAUCACAAUCCAAACGAUUGGAGCUUGCCUCGUCUUUUUUGCAACGCGAAUCUGCCACUGGGCCUUUGUCAGUGCCAUUCACAUUUGGUGGCUGUCACCGCGCAACAGGAAUGUGUACAUCAAGGAGUUUGCAGCUGAGGCCGCGAAGGGCAACGUGGACAUGACCUUGAUGCUGAAGCAUCAUCCAGAGACCAUGUCUGAAACCUUCGGGGACACCUCCACCACGGAGUUUCAAAUAGUCGAAGCCACUGCUAGGCCUGCAGCGCAUCUUCUCCUCCUGGGCAACGUGAUGAUGCACCUCAAGGGUGGCGACAUCUUCUCGUGUGGCUUGCAUGCCUUUCGUGGCGCGAUCGCGCCUUUCGGUCUCAUGAUGGUCAUGAACACUCCCGUCAUAUCGGGAGCAGGUGGCUCGAAUGCUCGGAUGCGGCAGUAUCUGCCUGUCUCCGACCUGGACACCCUCUAUGUCUUCCAAUGGGCCUGCGGCCUGAAAUUGAAAGAGGGCUUCGGAUCUUUCCCAUCUAAAGGGGACUAA